AUGUCCCCAUUGUCCAACGAAGUCCAUGGCCCCAAGGCCAACGAUAACAAAGCGCUUCCGUUGGCGUCAAGUCGGGGCUUACACACAACGGUGUUUCGACCACGCCACACCACGAUAUCGAAUGAUCUGGGCGUCGACACAACUGAUACGCAAGCACGCAAAUGGUGGAGCGACUCUGACGACUUAAGUCUGCUUACACAAGUAAAAAACGAUCUUCCGUUCAAGCAAGUCAAGAACACCACAAAAUUAUGGCACUUCCAACAGCUUGCUGCCAAGCUGUUGGAAGUGCCCAGGUUCGGUCGGACGACGUUGGAUGGCAAGGCAGCGAACAGGUACUACCAGCUUCUGCGUCCGCAUCGGCGGUUCCAGCACAGCUUCAAAUACCUAUCUGGAGUCGAGCAGGACGAAACGGGGAAGAUCGUCCUCUUGGACGAGCUGAUCCAGCUGUUCGAUGAGGCCACGGACCAAGGCAACGCAGACCGAGUAUCCAUGCAUGCCAAGAUGACGGAGAAGGAGGCGGCGGCGUCAUUCAUCCGAGAUCAAGCAAUGCAGAGUGGUAAGCGCAAGUCUGUCGAGACUGACGAAUGUUAUUGGGCGCAAGCGUAA